CGGACUUCUACAAGCUGAAAAGGGCGCAUCUAUGGUGAAAAAGGAUGUCUUCGGAGAACCUGGGACCUCUGGCUUUCAGCUUGGCCAGAGCAUAGAGCCCACGUGUGUUUCCCCUGACAGUGAAUCUCAGAUGCAGAUCUGUCCUCGUACAGCGCUCUCUGACACAAGCAGUGACUCUCUUCUGGAUUUCCCUCGUAGCCCCAACCAAAGUUCUGCUGGUCUCUGUUCUCUCCUUGGCGGUGCUGGGGCACAUCUAAAGCCUGGGUCUGCGAUAAAUACUGGGUCAGCGCAUAACGGCUUUCACUUGACCUCGGCAUACAGUGCUCCGAUGACUUUGGAAAAGGCAAAGCCACGGCCACGGAUCGACUUGGAUAUCGAGCUUGAAAGCGAAGUCUGCGUCCAAGGCGCCCACCUGAGAGGAACUAUCAAGCUGCAAGUUCCCAAGUGCAUCAAGAAAGAAGUCCCACUUUUGCUCUCGCAAGCCAGAGUCCAUGUCGUUGGAUUCGAGUGCACUUCUUCAGUCGAUAAUAUAUUCAUAUUUUACCAGUGCCGGGCACCGCUGUCGGAACUCUCAGGCUCUUUUGAUGAAUUGUUCGAUUCUGCCGCCGGACCUCUGGGAUGGAAACAAGCGAGAGAAGGGAAAUUCGACAUCCCCUUUGCUAUACUUUUACCUGAAGAUGGUAGUUGUGGCGUACCAAAAGGGAAAAUCAGUUUCAACGCUGGGGUGUCUGUACGGUACAUCACUAUGAUUUCAAUCAUGACUCAAGAUCCUUUGGAUGGCAAGCGGUCCAUAGCCCACUUUUACCGAGACUGCGAAGUGUGGCCAUGCUUCAACAUAACCACUAUCUUGAGUCCGUCGUCACGCCCUUUGGUCGCAGAGACAAACAAGAAUGUCUUCAUGGGUGGCCAAGGAAGACUUCGACUCAGCGCUAGGCUGCAUCGACUAUACUGGGUCUCAGGUCAGCGCUGCACUGUCCAUCUCUGCGUAUCAAACGGGACCAAGAAAGCCAUCAAAUCUGCUGCGAUUGCCCUCGUACGGACAUCAACCAUCUUUCGUCCGCACGAGAAUCGUACCACCGGUGCGAGGCUGGACCCUGAUGAAUGCCAGACAUCUACUGUUACCAAGUCUUUGACAGAGAGCACCCUCGAGGUGGGACAUCAGAGUUCGCGAGGCCACGCGAGCGCUAAAGGAUGGUGGAUGGGCGUUGACGGUGGUCAAAGUAUGGAAUUCGCACAUUUUAUUAUCAUUC